UAAAGUUAAAGGAAUAUGUAUAAGGAUACGAUUGAUAUAGAAUUUAUUGAUAGUGAAGAUGAAUAAUUAAGACCUCCUCAAAAGCAAUAGUAGAUCAAUAAUUAGAUGAUGCAACAAGAAGAAGCCCCCUCUCCCAAUAUUUUCGCAGUCGUUAUAAUCAACUAAUUUAGCAAUAAAAUAUAGCAUAUUAUUUCACGAAGAGAUGUGAUUACAGCAAUAGAGUACAUUGUCACCAAGAUGCUUUAGGGAUCGAUGGUAAUUAUAGAUUUGUUAUACAUAGAAAUAAAUACGUCCUGUUGAUGUUAAAAUAGAGCCUAUUUUAUCAACUUCAGUUCAAAAAGCUUGUUGUUUGAUAGAAGUCAAUGAAAACAUCGUUCAAUAGUUAAUAGAUUUUUCAUUACCUUUAUAAUGCUGUGAUAAAGACCCAUAGAAAGGAUUGAUAGUAAGUUACGAAUUUAAAUUUUUUUAAUUUAAUGAAUUUAAUCAUUGUGAUAUGUUUAGUAAUGGAAAAUUUGUAAAGGAAUUCUGUGUUAUCAGACCUUAUUAAGAGACUUAGAGAUAAACAUCUAUAAUUUUAGCCAUUAAUAAAAUGGAUUAAUAAAUUUAUGCGAUUAAAAAAGUGAAAUUAAUGGGGGAGUUCAGUUGGCAGAAAUUGUUUUAUAAUCAGAUCACUCAAAUAAGAGAAGUCAAAGCAAUGUUACGACUUUAACAUCCAAAUGUGAUUAGAUUGUACAGCUGGUGGGUAGAACAGGAGAUUAACGAGAAAAAUUAGAGAUUUUUUUAUCUUUAUUUACAACAAGAAUAUGAUUCGUAUUUAGGUUGCAAUAACUUAUUAGAAUUCAGUGUGAAUUGUCUAUCAAAAGCACCAGUGGAAUAAAAGAUAAAGACCUUAAAAUCUUUGAUUAAUUAGUUAAUUAUUGGAUUGGAGUACAUUCAUGGUUAAGGCUUCUUUCAUAGAGAUUUAAAAUUGGAGAACGUUCUCGUGACAAAAGAUAAUAGUGGAGAUGUUGCUGUAAGAAUUUGCGAUUUUGAUUGGAGCAAAACGCAUUUGAAUGAUGAUGGAUAAAAGAUUAAUUGGUUAAUACUUAGUAAAGAAUGCGGAACUGUAGAAAUAAAUAAUGGAAUGUAGAGGAGAGGAAUUGUGUAUGAUGCAAAAGAAGAACUAUAUUAAGUUGGAAUUAUUAUAUUAGAUCUAUGCGAUCCAAUAUGUAGUAGAGAGGAAAGAAUUUAAAAUCAUAAAAAUGCGAAAAAUAAGUAAGCAUUAAUUUCUCACCUUUUCUUAGUUAAUUUAGACCUCAUAUCUAAGCACAUUAUUAACAAGAGCUGCAACUUAUCCAAGCUUUACUAAAAAUGGAAUUUAAAUCAGUUUAAGAGUUAAGAAAUUCCCUUCUUUAUAAUAAGUACAUGCAAGGGUGA